AACUCGAUUUCCUUGCUUCUUGAUUUUUUCAUUAUCUGAACUGGGUUUCUUGAUUUGAACUCGCGGGACUUCUUUUCUCUUGAUUUCCCGAGAAAUUUCGUGUUCUGUUUCACUCUCUGUGAUUGAAAAUCUAUUGCACAUAAGAUGUUUGAUAAAAUUCCCUUGAAUCGAUGCUCAGAUUUUGUUUGGGAGGUUUUGGUUAUUGAAUGAGCUUAUUGCGCCUCAAUUUGCAGGACUUUCUGUGAUUUCCUUGCUUCUACUUUUUUCAUUCUCUGAACUGGCUUUCUUGAUUUGAACUCGCUGUACUUCAUUUCUCUUGAUUUCCCGAGAAAUUUCGUGUUCUGUUUCACUCUCUGUGAUUGAAAAUCUAUUGCACAUAAGAUGUUUGAUAAAAUUCCCUUGAAUCGAUGCUCAGAUUUUGUUUGGGAGGUUUUGGUUAUUGAAUGAGCUUAUUGCGCCUCAAUUUGCAGGACUUUCUUGGAGGUGGAAGCGAACUAGUUGUGCAGAAAAAAUGCUGCCGCAACGGAUGAAGACGGCCAUUACAGAUAACCCGAAGAAGCUUGCUAGCUUGAUUGAUCUCGUAAACCUUCCUUCAACUCUCAGGGAGUUUGUGGGACAGUCCCAAAUUUCUCGUCUCGGCUGUUUCAAGUAUGUGUGGUCAUAUAUCAAAACCAAUAAUCUUCAGGAUCCAACCAACAAGAAUGUGGUCAUUUGUGAUGAGAAGUUAAAGAGUAUAUUGCUAGGCAAGUCCAAGAUUGAGCUAGCCGAACUUCCCGCGCUGAUUAAAUUACAUUUUCCCAAGAACCCCAAGUGAGUUAUGCUUCCAGUUUAACCUCUGCCACAUCCAGAAUGACCUCUUCAAUGUUUAGCCUCAAUUUUGUAUGAAUCUCCUUCUAGGUUUCUUUUAUAUAUAAGAUCAUAAAUUUAUUUGACUCUUCUUGUACCUCAUGCCUUAUGCUUUGUUACUCGUUUUAUUUUAUCAAGUUGUAACAA